UGACCCUCAACUUAUGAACAUUCUCGACUUACAGCUACUUACUGUACAUACUCUUCACUUAUCUGUGGAUCAUUCAUUCUUCACACCGUUUUUCCAGCAAAAAAUAAAUACAAGUAUGGCAAACAGGGCAGCUAAAUCAGGAGAUGCCUACGACAUGGAAAAGAAGCGAAUAGGGCGUUACGACAAAGAAGAAGAACUUGGAGUACCAGCUGCAAUUGUUGAAUGGCUCAACGCAAUAAUGGCCGACGGUGAACAAUGUCCUGGUACAUCUUGUGAUCAGAUCCAUGCAUACCUAAAAGAUGGCGUGGUACUCUGCAAAGUGAUGCAAAAAUUAACUGGAGCAAAAGUUUCCUUCAAAGCUAAGGCAACUUCUACAUUCGUUGCAGCAGGUAAUGUAGAAAACUUUAACAAAGCAGCGUCCGCAUAUGGUCUCGCCACUGAAUCACUGUUCCAGACAACUGACCUAUGGGAAGGCAGAAAAGCAAAUAUGCUCAACGUCAUCAACUGCCUAAGCAACCUUGGAUUCCUGGCUAACUCAAAGAACUAUCCAGUGAAAUAUGAACCGCCUAAGGCAGCAACAACUGAAGAGUUGGUCGGUCAAAUUGGCUCAUUCGACUAAGUAUCAAGCAAACAGCAAAGGCUAUAGCAUAAAAUACACGGCUCCUGCUCCACCCACAAUGGAAUAAACAUCAAAAUUCGGCUAGACGUCCCAAUGUAUACGCAACGUAGGCAUCUGAUACGUCAAAUACAGCCCUUUACACUAUAAUGGACGAAUUAACUAAUAUCAAUACUGAUGUAUCAAUACUGGAAAAAUAUAUAGUAAACAAUACAAGAACUGCAUUUAAACUUAACGGAAAAUGUUCGAAUAGUCAAAUAAAUGUCACGUAUUAGGCUAUCGCAUUGCUUGUUGUUAGUCAAAACACUUGUAUUUAUUUAAUAAAUUAUAUAUGAUUUCAACAAA